ACGUGGGGGCAGAGAGAGGAGUGAGGGGUUUGGCUCUGUGUGUGUGUGUGUGUGUGUGUUUAAUAUUUGUGUCUACAUUAGCUUGCCGGUAGGAAGAUUCUAUCGGGCACAAAGUGCAGGACUGUGUGUGUGUGUGUGAACGAACAUGAUUAAUAGGCCAGUGCAGGAAGGAAGAGCACAUGUGAACAGCGAAAAGCUGAAGAAGUGAGGGAGGAGUGGCAGAAAGGAGGGAGGAGAGGAGAGAAGGAGCGAGCGAGUUCUGUCCGGGUCUGAUCCCUGUGAAGCACUGGAGCGUUCGGAAACAUUCCCAUACUGCAGCGCUGUCAUCUCUGGAUAAACCAUCUGUUUCGGCUCAUGCUGCAAACACAGAACUGAAUCUGUGCGAGUGGAUCACAUGUGUUUUACGGAUGACUGAAUGGAGACUAGUUGCAUGUGCGGAUUGGCAGGCGGAGGAGACCACGUUAUGCUGUUUGGAAAGAGCAAACUGGAGUGACACUGGAAUGUCUCAGGAAUAAUCCAGUUGCAGCUAUGCAACACUUUUUCAGUCGCUCAUUCAUGCAUUACACUCUUACAGUCGCUCACGUGGACCUGCAGUAGAGAUAUAUUUAAUCUGCACGUUUAUGGAAAAGCUGGAAUUCUAUAUGAUUUGCCUGUAUGGAUUGGACAUCAUAUGUGCAACAGGAUAAGCUAUAAAUAAAACUAUCUGAGGUCGCUGAAUGGAUUCAUCUAGUCUGCUUGUCUUCUUCAGGACAAUCAUUUCAUUGCUUUUCAAAGAAGAUUGAUUCUCUAAGGAAUCCUAACUGAAGUUACACAUGUGGCUUAAUUGGAUAGGUUAAGAUGGUAAUUUCCAGGUGUGCGCUUUAUCAAACGGUUUGGUCAAUUUAGUAAGAUCCUAAAAUGAUGUGUGGCAGAAUGGAAUCGUGAUAUUCUCAUGAUGCUGUGUGGUUUGAGGAGAGAGAGUCGCAACAACAGUGAAGAUGUCCCAUACACAAAGGGAAGCAAAGAUGCUGCAAGUGACAGCAGCGGCCUCAACAAGAGGAGCAGCAUAGCUGAUGAGCAGAGAGGUGUGACGACGGUGGAACUGAUUAAAAAAGAGGGCACCAGUCUCGGCCUCACGAUCUCCGGAGGUUGUGACAAGGACGGCAAGCCAAGAGUGUCAAACCUGAGACCAGGAGGUCUCGCGAUCCGGAGUGACCAGCUCAAUGUGGGGGACUACAUAAAAUCAGUGAACGGGAUAAACUUGUCCAAACUCAGACAUGAUGAGAUCAUCAGCAUGCUGAAGAACAUCGGUGAGCGUGUGGUGCUGGAGGUGGAGUACGAGCUGCCGCCAUUCGCUCCCAGCAAUCCCUGCAGCGUCAUCUCUAAAACUAUCGAAGUGUGCUUGGAAAAAGAAGGGAACAGCUUUGGCUUCGUUCUGAGAGGGGGCUUUCAUGAGGACUGGCAUAAGGCUCGACCUCUAGUAGUGACCUACGUCAGGCCCGGCGGACCCGCAGACAGAAUGUCUGAAUCAUCGAGACGCUUUUGCCUGUGUGUGUGUGUCACAUCAGUGCCGUCUGCAUGCAUUCGAGAGGGAACCCUGCGAGCGGGCGACCGUGUGUUGAGCGUGAACGGUGUUGCUGUGAACAGACAGAAACAUGCUGACGCUCUGACCCUGAUCAUGCAGAGCAGCCAGGAGGCUUUCUUCCUCAUCGAGUACGACAUCGUGGUCAUGGAUUCAGUCCAGAAAUCGUCUGGGCCGCUGCAGGUGGACAUCGCUCGCUCCGCAGGUUCAGUACUGGGACUCAGUCUCACCACCUCUCUCUACAGGAACAAACAGGUCAUUACAAUCCAGAAAAUCAAGCCUGCUAGUGUUGCAGACAGAUGUGGUGCUUUGCAUGUGGGAGAUAUUCUCUUGGCCAUAGAUGGCAUGAGCACAGAGCACUGCUCUCUGAUGGAGGCUCAGCAGCUCCUGUCCAGCUCCUCAGAGCUCACCAAUCUAGAGAUCCUGCCCUCUCAACACUGCUCACAUGACACAGUACGUGUCCAGAGGAGUAGUCAGCGUCAGUGGGACUCUAGUGAGAACUACACCUGCGCUCCUCCACCUUUCCAAAAAACACCCUCGGCCUGGAGUCACACCACCCCUACACCCUCACACCGAUCUGUGACGUCUGGCAUCUCUGCAAACACAUCAGGCUUUCACAGUUACAACUGUGGCACCCAGUCGGCGUACCCCAACACCUAUCCCAGCAGCACCCUGCCCUCCUACCCGUCCAGCCCUCGCUGCACCGUCACCAAGAGGAGACAAAGAAGAAGAGACCACAAGAGCUCCUUGUCUCUGGCCUCGAGUACGGUGGGCGCCGGAGGUCAGGUGGUGCAUAUUGAGACCAGUGAGGUGGUUCUGAGGGGCGAUCAUCUUACUGGAUUCGGCCUGCAGUUACAGGGGGGAGUGUUUGCUACUGAACCGCUGUCAGCGCCUGCCUGUGUUCGCUUUAUAGAGCCUGACACACCUGCUGAAAGGUGUGGGGUGUUACAAGUUGGAGACAGAAUUCUUUCUAUUAAUGGAAUUCCCACUGAGGACGGAACACUGGAAGAGGCCAAUCAGCUGCUCCGAGAUGCAGCGCUGGCCAAUAAGGUCACACUGGAGGUGGAGUUUGAUGUAGCAGAAUCAGUCAUCCCCAGCAGUGGCACAUUUCAGGUUAAAUUGCCCAAGAGACGUGGAGUGGAGCUCGGCAUUACAAUCAGUGCAAGCAAGAAGCCAGGAAAACCUUUGAUCAUCUCUGAGAUACAGAGAGGUAGUAUUGCACACAGAAUAGGAACCCUGGAGCCAGGUGAUCGUCUGCUGGCCAUUGAUAAUGUUCGGCUGGAUAACUGUGGGAUGGAAGAGGCCAUGAUGGUCCUCCAGCAGGCCGAGGGGAUGGUCAAACUGCGGAUUCAGAAAGACGAAGACAACCUGGAUGAAUUAGAGUCGUCUGGUUCGGUCAUAUUCACAGUAGAGCUCAAGAGACAUGGAGGUCCUCUUGGAAUCACCAUUUCAGGCACUGAAGAGCCCUUCAAUCCCAUCCUGAUCUCCAGCCUGACCCGCAACGGCCUUGCGCACAGGACUGGUGCUCUUCAUAUUGGUGACCGUGUUUUGGCCAUCAAUAACAUGAGUCUCAAGGGAAAACCUCUGAGCGAGGCCAUCCACCUUCUGCAGACCGCCGGAGACACGGUUACACUCAAGAUCAAAAAGCGAUCCGAACCACUUUUGGAGUCGGACAGGGGCAGCCCAUCCAGGACGGCUUCAUGCAUGAGCGACAUGGAAGACGAUCGCUCUGAUUCUCUCAGGAGAGGGAAAUACUCUGAACUUCAUCGCCUGACCACACCGCCCAGUCUGGAUUCAGCCAUGGACUCAUGGGAUAGUUCGGCCCUAGAUGCUGGCUAUGGAAGUCAAGGUGUCUAUAUUCAUAGGGCAUCUGAUUUCACUCUGCAUCCCAAUGACUGGAGACAGACCAAUCACAGAAGCCCGCUGAACUCCAGAAGACAUGCCCACCGUCCUGCAAUGUAUGAUGGGAGGCUGGGCGAGGAGGACUGGACAUACUCUGGAUCUGUCAGUCCCGCACGCUGUCACAACCACAACAAUUCAGACGCUCAGGAGAACUAUUGGUCACAAGCUCUUCAGGACCUGGAGACCUGCGGCCAAUCGGAAAUCCUGCGGGAACUUGAGGCUACCAUAAUGUCAGGCAGCACGCUGAGUUUAGGAGAAGACAGCGAGAAGCAGAAUGAAAGCCGGACCAAAGCUCUCGCACUGAGCCCAGAGAUGACCUCAGAGAACUCAGCUAUACCGGAGGACAUGAAGGACACCAGCCCAUUCAUGCCAUUAGAGCUUCAUAAAAUCUGUAUACAGAAGGAUGUUGACAGCAGGGAUUUUGGGUUCAGCGUGUCUGACGGUCUGCUGGAAAAGGGUGUCUACGUGAACAUGAUCCGUCCGGAUGGGCCUGCGGACCAAGCUGGGUUACGCCCAUAUGACCGUAUUCUACAGGUCAAUCAUGCACGAACGCGUGAUUUUGACUGUUGUCUUGCUGUGCCGUUGAUCACAGAGGCCGGAGAGCAUCUGCAGCUGGUCAUUAGCAGAAACCCUCUUUCUCAGGCACACGUUUGGCCACCUAAAAACUGUCAGGACUCUGGACUGUCUGUGGUUUCUGCACCAAAUCCAAGAAGAGUUGACCUCUGAUUCCCAAAAAUGAGCAACACAGAGCACAGUUUCAGUUGUUUCACACACAUGGUUCUCUCUCUCAACUGCACAAUGAACACAUUAGCACUAUUUUUGUUAAUUAUCAUUUUCAAACUUUUUUUUGUCAAGUUAGGACCCACUACUGUUUUUUUCAUGUUUUUUCAAAUGAUACCGCACCAAACAAGCCACAUCUUCAAAGUUUAUUUGACCACUCACACAGGCACGUGAGUUUUAUUUGUACACUUUUAGUUACACAAAACAUGUCAAGUUCAUCUUCAUACAUGCCACUUUUGUUUCUAAUAUAAAUAAAUGACACUCAUUUAGAUUCUGCUGUCAACAAUAACGCUUUGAUGCUGAUGCAGAUCUGCAGGUUUUUACAAAGCACAAAGACAAAACUUCAAGCCAUCUUUUGUCUGUUCAGGCAGUGAAAAUCUUUCUCUGAGAUCAAAACCGUGACAGUUUGACAAUCGAUAUUUUUGAAAUUUUCUGAUGAAAAGGUAAUUUUUUUUGUCUUGAUGUGAAUGUUUCAGGUGCAUGUGAUGCAGUUCGGUGAUGUCAUUUGUGUACCAUAAGGAAUUUUAUGAGGAUUUUAUGGCUUUACGUCCUGAUGCACACCAGGAAUAAAUUCAGAUUUUAAGUGAAGUCCUUCAAAGGAGCUUGUUUUAAGUGUAACUUUUAAACGCAGAUCCUUCUCUGUAUAUCCUCUAUUCUGUGUAUAAACCCCUUUUCCUGGAUGUUAAAUAUGUAGAAUGCGAUGAAUAAGGUGUACAUUUAAUAUUCUUGGGUUAGAAAUGAUUAUUUCCUUUUUUAAAGAAAAUAAAGGAUAAAAACCAGAGUGAAUGUAA